AGCUAACACGUUCGUGUACGGAGGAACACUACAAAAUGGCGUACAAGAAGCACACCGAUCCAUGCUUUUGAAUGUCAUGCGAGUGCCAGACGGACGUACCCCAUUUCUAAUGCUGGACGUUGCCGAGAACGCAGAACGUGCUGCAAGCCGCUCGUACUACAACGAUGCCGAAGCACAAGUCUGUCAAGCCAUCGUCGAGCGUCUAAGAGCUUGCCACAUUCAGCCGGAUUCCAUGUGCAUACUAACGUUUUACAAAAAACAACUUCGUCGUCUCUCAACGUUCGCCCAACAAACCCACGUGGAAGUCGCCACCGUCGACUCAAUUCAGGGUCGCGAGAAAGAUAUUGUCAUCCUCCUUACAACUCGUACUGAUAUUGACCCUGACUCCACCGAAUUCCUGGACGACCGCAAACGUUUGAACGUUGCACUAACCCGCGCACGUCAUGGCUUGCUCCUCCUGGGGCAUGUGGCAUCCCUUGCAAAGAUCAACUCGUGGACAACGAUCAUCCAAUGGGCCAACAGCAGACGGUCUGUCAUUCAAGCUGCGCAGCUCAGCACAUAUCUUCCACCUUCAUAAUGGGCGUGGUCGACGAGAAGCAAAGCUGAAGGAAAGGAGAUUCAUUGAUGAGGCCUUUCAGCCACCGAGCGGCUGAUGCCGCCUAAACCCCGAACUACCUGCACCAUCUAUUCAACC